GUAAUGUUGGUCGAACCUUUUUGGAUACUUUACAAACCACUUACCCAUUUCUAAAACAAAUCAAUCAUCUAUGAAUGCAUGAUCGAAAUUCUGUAUUGGUCAUGUCUAGUUCUUACGUUGUUGAUCCCGAAGAGGGUAAAAAGGAUAAUACUCUUAUUCUAAUGGUAAAUGAUAAUGGUGUAAUUUCUGUAGAUCAAGACACAUUACAAAGUCUUAUACUUAAUCAAUCAAAUGCCACUGUAAGUGUUGUACGGUUAGGCCAAACUGAAAACGAUGCUGCUGAAGGAAAUAUAACAUUAACUGUUGAUCCACCUUCAUUUAUACCAAGUGAAACAAAUACUAUAAAUAAUGCAACAGAUUCAACUCCCUUAGUAGAUCCUUUCAUGGAAAUGGAUGCAGAGCAAUUAGAAAGAUUAGAAACAGCUUUACAGAGUGAAGAAGCUAAACAAAUACUUGGUGAAAAUGUUACUGCAAUGCUCGAUAUGUUAACAGUGGAAGAACAACAACAUUCUAUAAGGUAUAAUAUAGAAUUAGAUCACUGUUACACCAGUAGGUUUUCACCAUCCGAAUCAAAGCUUACAGCUUCAUUGCCUGAUUUUACUACAUUUGAUAUUGAUGAAUCAAUGUGCAUAGAUUUAAACAAAUCAGGAUCUCAUACUCCUAUGUUGUUGCCAAUAUCUUCUACUAAUGUUAAUAAUUCUUCUAUGACUUCACUUAAACAAAAACUUACUUCUACACUUCCAAAGAUAGUGAAACAACCAGUUUCAAUGGGAAGCAGGCUUCGAAGAGCUUCUACUGCAUUGCAUACCAUUACAAGUACUCCAAAAUUGACAGUUAAUGCACGUGUAGCAUCAAAUUUAAUACAAGAAAAUAAACUUCAUGUCAAAAUUGAUAACGAAGUAGAAGAUGAAUUACUCUUAUCCUCUGAAUCUUCUGAAUCGGAGGAAUCGGAUAGUGACAGUGAUUUUGGACCUAAAUCUUACAGGAAAGGUGUCAGGGCCAGAGGCGGUCGAAGAGGUCUUACUACAAGAGGUGGUAGUAUGGUUGCUUCGCGAAGACGGGGUUAUAAUAAACAAAUGGAUAGUGAACAAGUACGACGAUUAGAUUUAGAAAUGGCAGCUGCUGUCAGUGCAAUGAAAAGUCCUGAAAAAAAUGAAAAAGCUGAUAAACAAAGUCCUGGAAAAAGUAAGAAAAAAAGUUUUGGUUGUAAGAAAAAAGAUGAAUUAGAUACACCAGUUUCUCUGAUUAAUGAAAUAUUACCAAUUGAGCAAAAUAUUUUACAAACAACAAAUCAAGUAAAAGCAAAUCUUAUAAAUACUAAUAUGUUAAAGGGAGAUAUGAUUCUUACAAAACCAGGGCAAAGUCAAAAUCAAAAAGUAAUAUUUGUUCAAAAACAACUUACGAUGAAUUCAAAUGAUAUUAAGCCCAUUAAUAAUAAAAAACAACUUACAGCUCAAAAAAAUAAAACUAUAACAUCUCAGAAUUCUAAACUUAAUAAUAAUAAAGAUAUAACUAUGCCUUCUUCGACAUUAUUAAAAGAAGCGUCGAUUUUGCAACAAUCAACAGGUAUUCAACAAAAUAUGAUACCCGUCGAAAUGCAAAUAGAAUCGGUUCAAGGUUCAAUACAAAUUCAAAAAAUUGGAUCACCCACUAUUUUAAAGAUGAAAUCUACAGAGACUAAAAAAGAAAAAAAAAAAGCUGAAACAACUUUAGAGACUUUAAUCAAACCUGUAGUUGAUUCUUCAAAAUCUGUAGAAAUUAAAACAUUUAUUGCACAAAGGAAAACUGUAAAAAAAGAGCAACGUAAAUCAGAUACAUUUAUAGUUGAAGCUUUAGGUCCUGCUUUAUUUUCAACUCCAGAUAUUAUUCGUCGAGUUGGUUCUGCUGGUGAAACCAAAGUUACAGAAAAUCCAAUUAUAUCAAGUGCUGCAAUCUCAUCAUCCAUUAUCAGUAAUACUAGUGUGAGUACUCCAGUAAUGUCCACUGCAACAAAUAUUUCUACAAUCUCAAAUUCAAAUUUAAGUACAACGAUAAGUGUUAUAAAUAUGUUAAAUGAUUCAACGGAUACGAAUGUAUAUAAUAAUAAUCCUAUAAAUGAAGCAAUAUCUACCAAAUAUAAUGCUAAUACUUUAAUAUUAACAGACUCUUUAGUAAAAGAUAAAGUGACUAGUAAAGUUGCAAUAGCAGAGAUAAUUCAACCAGUUGCAAAUUCCACGUUUAAAUCAAAUUCAUCUAAGGAAAUACCUUUACUAAUGGAACAAAGUAAUAACUUAAAACCCAUUGCUUCUGAAAAUAUUGAAGGUGAUGAUCAUUUAUUGGCUACAUUAGAAAUCGAAGCUGAUAAACAGUUACCAAACGAUGAAGAACUAUUAGCAGAAGCACUAUUGUUGCAAGAAACACUUGGUGUUGAAUUAGAUCCAAAUGGAUUAACUGAUCAGACAAUAGAAAUGCCUGAAUCAAUUUUAUCUUCAUCAAUAAUGACAUCUACUUCUACCAUGAUAGGAUCUUCUAAAAAAAGAGAAUCAAUAUCUACAGUCUCACAUAUAACAUCACAGGAACCUGAAGCAGAAGUUGAACCAGUUAAUAAAAAAGAUACAAAAGAUCCAAUACAAAUUGUACGUGGUGGACGAGUAAUAACAUUACCACCAAUAGAAGCUCCAGCAACACGAAGCAAAAGAUUGCAAGCAAAAACAGAAAAUGAAAAAAUAAAAAAUGAAACAAAACAACAUCAAUCAAAAGUACAGCCAUUUAUUAUUAAAACCGAAAGAACAUCUAGAACUACAUCUCACAUUAGUUUACAAAAACAAGACAUGAUAUAUGAUAUUGAAGAUGAUGAAGAAGAGGAAGAAGUUAAUUCAGAUUCUGAAGAUGAUCCAAAUAGAUUAUGGUGUAUCUGUAGACAACCUCAUAACAAUCGUUUUAUGAUAUGCUGUGAUAUUUGUCAGGAUUGGUUCCAUGGAAAAUGUGUACAUGUUACAAAAGCAAUGGGAGAGCAAAUGGAAAAUCAAGGCAUUGAAUGGGUUUGUCCCAAUUGCUUAAAAAAAAAGAAUGAAGAAAGCAAAUUUACGUCUAUGUCUAAAAAACAGAAAAGUAACAUUGUAGAUGCAAUGUCAAAUGAAUGCAAUCGAACUCUACCUACUUCCUUAAAUUCAAGAACAAGUGAUUUAAAAGUUACAACAAAUUGUGGAAAAAGUGCUCAUACAUCAUUAGGUAUAACUCAUUGCGUUGUUUGCAAAAAAGAAGCAAGAAAAUCAAGUAUUUAUUGCUCGGAUGCAUGCAUUUUAGCACACGCUGAAGUAACAUCUACAAAAGAAAAACCAUCUUUAAUGCAAACAAGAACGUCAAAAUCAGAUAUGUCAGUACCCAAAUUAAAAUCAGAUAUUAGAAUAGUUGUAUUUGAUAAAAAAACUGGGAAAGUUUUAACGGGUACAGAUGCUCCCUCUGCACUAAAUUUAAAAGUUUGGCUUAAAGAACAUCCAACUUAUGAAGUUGUUAAAUCUAAUAGCUUAAAUGCUAUAGAUUUUGAAGAAAAAACUGCAGCCAUUACUCAAGGAAAUAAAACUAAUAAAUUAAUACAAGGCAAAUCGAUUCAAUCCAAAAUGAUUUACUCAAAAGUAAUUGGUUCAAAGCAAACCAUUUUAGCAUCAAGUGCAAAAAAGACUGUACUUUUGACCGAUAUUCCAUCAAGGCAAACUUCUAUAACCUCACCUCAAUCUCGAGUUAAACAAAUUACUUCAAAAACUGGAAGAAAUUCAACACCGUAUCUUAAGCAGAUAAAUAUACAAAGCUCACUCCAACAGCAACAACAACAACAACAAUCAUCUCAAAGAUCAGUAUCAGCAUCAAUACCAAAACCAACUUUUAAAAAAUUACAAGAUGCUAAAGCGUCAAUUUCUCAACUAAAACAGCAACAACAAAAACAACAACAACAUGCGACGGUGAAUGUUACUCUUUUAAAAAAGCCUGAAACAGAACCUAUAAGAUUAAACGUGAGAAAGAUACUGGCAGAAUUACUUAGCACAAGGAUAAAAGAGACAAAUGAUUUAAGUUUAAAUACCGAUGAAAUCAUUGAACUAGCUUUGCAAAUUGAACUCGAAAUGUAUAAAUUUUUUAAAGAAACAGGCGCUAAAUAUAAAGCUAAAUAUCGUAGCCUUGUUUUUAAUAUAAAGGAUACUAAAAAUUUAACUCUUUUUCGAAAAAUUGCAAAUCGAUCACUAAGCCCAAAUGCUGUUGUUAAACUCAGUCCUGAAGAAAUGGCGAGUCAAGAAUUAGCAGAGUGGCGUGAAAAGGAAAAUAAGCACCAACUAGAAAUGAUAAAGAAAAAUGAAUUGGAUCUGAUGACCCAAGCCAAGUCUAUUGUUGUAAAGACACAUAAAGGAGAAUUAUUAAUAGAAAAUGAUGGAAUAAUGGAACGUGUUGAUCCUAAAACACCUGUACAGGACAUUGUUACAGCACUUAAUUGUGGUGAAACAAUAAGUUCUACAGUAGAAGAGAGUAUUAAAGAUAAGGAGAAGAGACUAAUAGACGAUCUUAAAAAGAUAAAAAUGCUUGAAGAAGAAAAGAAAAAGAGAGAGAAAGAGAGAGACAAAGAGAAGCGUCAUGGUAGAUCGCGAGACAGAGAAAAGCGUCAUAAUAGAAGCAUAAGCAAAAAUAGUUAUAAGGACAGAGAUAAAAGUAAGGAAAAAAAGUUGAAGGAUGGUAAAUACAAAGAUCACGCAAGAGAUAAGGAUAAGGAGCGUGAUAAGAGUAGAGAGAGAGAGAAGAAAGAUAAGAACAAAGAGAAAAAAGAUAAACACAAACAAGCUCGAAAUAGUUUAAAAAGUCAUAACAAGAGUAGAUAUAAAGAACUUAAAGAAAAACAUAAAAAGGAGGAAGAAUUAAGAAAAGAAACCGGAAAUAAUGACAUGUCAACAGUUAAUAUGGAUAAAGCAAUAGAAGAAAGACUUUGGAGACAUAUUGAAGAUGAGACAACAACCAAUACUUUAGAUGGUAACGAUUCAGAUGUCUCUGAUAGAGAGCCUAGCUCGACGGUAACAAUCAAGACACCGGACAUUAACGAUCUCGACAAAGAUAUUUUUGAACCCAAUCCGAAAAAGGAAACACAAACCUCGACAACUGUAUGGCGCGGUUUUGUUUAUAUGGCUGAUGUUGCUAAGUUCUUUGUAACCGCUCAAAAUGUUAGUGGUAACUCCAAGGAUCUCAUGGAAGACUUGCCUGAUACUUUUGAUGUUGUUGGUAGAAUAAAUCCCAUUACCGUUUGGGAUUACAUAGGUAAAAUGAAAAAAAAUGCAACAAAAGAAAUUCUUAUCAUCAAAUUAACAGCAACUAACGACGAAGAAAAAAUUCCCUACAUUACUCUUUAUAGUUAUUUAAACAGCCGUAAUAGAUUAGGAGUACUCGGUAACAUUUCACCUAAUAUUAAAGAUUUUUACAUUAUGCCAUUUUCAAAUGGUAGUAAAUUACCAUCUGUGUUAUUACCAUUAGAUACUUCAGAUUUAGAGGAGCAUCGUCACCAUUUGUUAUUAGGUAUUAUUGUUGUACAAAGGAAGAAGCGUUCUGUUAGUAACUCUAUUCCCUUAUGCCCGGUCCCCUCAAAAUUACUUAAAAAAGAACUAUCCGACCGUUGUUAUACGCCACCUGCGGCACAAACGCAACUACUACUCAAUAAUGAGGGUAUGACACCUCCAAACUCACCAAAGCCCACUACUCAAAUUAGAGCAUCAACACAUAUUAAACAAAAUCUUUCAGUUAUAUCAAAAAUCGUACCAGAACUCUCAUCUAAAAUCAGUCUUGAGUUUUCUAAGUCAUCUGAUAAAAUGCAGGUAGAAGAUGAGGAUGAACCUUAUAGUCCAGGAGAGCCUGUUGAUGUUGUAAUCGACGAUAAAGAUGUUCUCUUAACAUCUUCUAAUUUAAAACAAAUACAGCCAAUAUCAGAAGUGACAACAGUAACUUCUCCGAUUAAAAGUUCAACAGAAUUGCAACGCAAGAUGGAAGAAUUAAGUAGGCAAAUCGAAGAGGAGAAACAACAAAUUCAGAAUAUUAGUUCAUCCUUUCUCAACGAUACAUCUACGACUCUGCCGGGCUUAGGACUUGAUCCUCCAGAUAAUGGAAAUACAAUAGAAGCUUACAGUCCUUUAGAUACAAGAUCUUUCACUCCACCACCACAAGGUAUAUCUAAAUUUGCCCAGCCUAUUUUGGAUAAAGUUUCAAAUAUUACAAUUCCACCAAAUCUUCAAGAAAUUUUAGCUAAUGUUAAACGUCAAGAAAAUUCUAAAUUGGAUUCAUAUCUUCCUUCAAAACCUAGUGCAACAUUUUUAACAACAGUUAAUUCCACUACUUAUUUAAAUUCUGAAAAAUAUUCGCCAACAUAUAAUAAAACGUCCAGUGUAAAUAGGUUAAGCUUGGAAAUGCAAUCUACACGUAAAGAGAUAAAAAGUACUUUAAGUUCAUUAAGUGAUUAUGAUAUAAUGAAAAAAGCAGAAGAAGAAUUAGCAGCAUUAGCAGCUUCUUCAGUAGUAUCUGUUCCAUCAAUUCCAACAAUCCUACCACCAGUUAUAUCAUCUAUUUGUUCUGAACUUCAUGCACCUGGAACAUCAUUUGAAAUACAUCGGUAAAUUAAUUUGUAUUUAAGUGGUAACUAUUGAUUUCUCGAACAAACUUUGAUAUGUGUAAAAUACUAGUUAUUUUUAAUUUUGAAUGUUUCACAUAUAAAAAAUGAACAGUUUAUAAAUGUAUGACUGGA